ACAAAUACAAUCCCUUUAGGUGUGACAAAGACAACACAAUUCCGUUCUUUUAAUGGCGACUUGAACGCGAAAUUUUCUUUGACGAAAUUUAUGUUUUCAUAGUUUCCGGGCGUUUAUCGCGUUUGGGUUCGCGCCGGAGUCUUGGUUUUGAUAACGGUGGACUUAAUAAGGUUUUGGAAAAUUUCGGUUAAUUUUCGCGGGGGGUGCGGAGAUCGUUUGAACCAAUUUAAAAUGGCGUUUUCCCGAGUCGCAAUGGUGGACAUAUGAAGGUGCACGGAAAUCCGACGACGACGACGACGAUGGAGGAGACUUCGAUUCGUGAAAAUGGGGCCCAAAUGCAAAUGGGACCCCAAGGCGCAUCGGUUGUUAACAAUACGAAACCCACGGACCAACCGAACCCGGCCCAAGUUCAGUAUUCGAUCCCGGGUAUUUUACAUUUCAUCCAACACGAAUGGGCUAGAUUUGAACUCGAACGGUCUCAAUGGGAAGUAGAUAGAGCCGAAUUACAGGCUCGUAUUGCAUUUUUACAAGGAGAGCGUAAAGGUCAAGAAAAUUUAAAAAAUGAUCUUGUCCGACGUAUAAAAAUGCUUGAAUAUGCUCUAAAACAAGAACGGGCGAAAUACCACAAAUUAAAAUACGGCGUCGAUUUAAAUCAAGGCGAGAUGCGACCGUCUGCUUUAGACGAUGGUAAUAACGUCGAUUCCCAAGUCGACGCCGAUUUACCCAUCACAGCGAAUCACCCUUCGUGGCGUCAGGGGCGGCAACUUCUUCGGCAGUACCUUCAAGAAAUCGGAUAUACGGAUCGAAUUAUUGAUGUUCGAUCAACCAAAGUUCGAGCGCUUUUAGGUCUAAAUAAUAAUCAGGAACAAGAAGAGAAUGUUAAUGGGGGAUCAUUGAAUGGGAAUGAAUCAAAUAAAAGAGCCAGUGAGAGUCAAGGAAGAAGAACCCCAGCUAAAAAAACCCAACCAAGUUCAUUAGCCGAAGCUAUGAUGUUAGAAACAGAAGCUGCGGUUAUGGUUAAUUUGGAUUUUCUAACCAAUACUGAUGUUGAUAUGGAAGAUGAUGAUGACAUCAACGAUGAUGAUGUUGAAGUCCGUGACGAUAUUGAUGAUGAUGUUAAAUCAGUGAAAAGAAAAGGAAAAUUGGAUUCUCUAGGAGACGACGUCGAUGCGGAAGCAAUGGAAGUAUUAAACGAACUGAAUCUGUUAUCAGAGGCUGUUGAUCAUCGUCAAAAUGAGAAGUCAUCAUUUGAAAGUAUCAAAUGGAAGGAGGCAAAAAGUUUUCAAGGUGGUCCAAAAACUUGUCGACAACUGGGUAUGAACGAAGAAGAAACGUUAGACGCAAGCCUUGGAUUAGGUGAACUGGCACAAUUAACAGUAAAUAACGACGCAGAAUCAACGUACGACAUCGCUAGUAGUAAAGAGCCGUUUCGUAAAACUUGGAAUGCUAAAUACACCCUAAGAAGUCAUUUCGAUGGAGUUCGUGCUUUGGCGUUUCACCCAACCGAGCCAGUUUUGAUCACAGCUAGCGAAGAUCACACCCUCAAAUUGUGGAAUUUACAAAAAACCGUUCAAGCGAAGAAAUCGGCGUCUUUAGACGUUGAACCUUUAUACACGUUUCGGUGUCAUAAUGGGCAGGUUCUUUGCUUGGCUAUUUCCGGUACGGGAGAACACUGCUAUUCGGGCGGUUUAGACGGAAAUAUUCACUGCUGGAACGUACCAAAUUCCAAUAUUGAUCCGUAUGAUCUUUAUGACCCAGAAGUUCUUAAUUGUACCCUUAGUGGACAUACAGAUGCUGUUUGGGGGUUAUCUGUGCUUAAUUCUAGACAACAUUUGGUUUCUUGUGCUGGAGAUGGAACUGUUAAGUUAUGGGCACCACAUUCUAAAGGUUCUCUUUUAAAUACAUUCGUGUCGGAAACUGAUGGAGUUCCGUGUAGCGUCGAUUUCGUCCGAGACGAACCCAACCGCAUUAUAGCGGCCUAUAGCAGUUCAAAUAUGGUCAUGUUCGAUACGGAAACGGGUAAACCCGCAGUUCGUUUCGAAUCGGGGCAAGAUAACGCGACAACUGCCGCCAAUAAACAGAUUUAUCGCGUCGUUUGCCACCCAACACUCCCAAUGACGAUUAGCGCGCACGAUGAUCGUCACAUCCGGUUUUGGAAUAAUAAUACUGGCAAAAUGAUUCAUUCAAUGGUCGCACAUUUAGACGCCGUCACCAGUUUAGCCGUCGAUCCUAAUGGACUUUAUUUAUUAUCAGGUUCGCAUGAUUGUUCGAUUAGAUUGUGGAAUUUGGAUAAUAAAACGUGCGUACAAGAAAUAACUGCUCAUAGAAAGAAGUUUGAUGAGAGUAUAUUAGACGUGGCUUUCCAUCCAUCUAGGCCAUAUAUAGCGAGUGCCGGAGCGGAUGGACUUGCGAAAGUAUUCGUUUAAAAUUUUCGUUUUUUUUAAGUGUGUGCACGUGUUUAUUGACGGUUAAAAUGAAAUAAAGAAGAAACCAAAAUGAUAAUGAUGAGAAAAGAGAUGAUUGUGGGAGGGAAAAUAAGAGAGAGUUAAAAAAUUUGUGGAUUAACUUAAACAGAAAAU